CUCUCUCUCUCUCUCUCCCUCAGCGACUCCGUCACGACUCAAAAACACAAGACCAUCUCAAAUCGGAAAAUGGCGAAACCAAUCGUGAAGCCUCUGAUCCUGACGCUGCUUUCUCUGCUGCUCUUCACGUCGUCGGCGCUCGCCAGCUCGGACUCGCCCUUCAUCUUCGCGCACAAGAAGGCCUCCCUCAACAGGCUCAAGUCCGGCGCCGAGCGCGUUUCCGUCUCUAUUGAUAUCUACAACCAAGGAUCCUCAACUGCAUAUGAUGUAAGUUUGAGUGAUGAGAGCUGGCCUCAAGAUCUCUUUGAUUUUGUCAGCGGCAACGCUUCCAAGUCAUGGGAAAGGCUUGAUGCAGGUGGCAUUGUAUCCCACUCUUUUGAAUUGGAGGCCAAGACGAAGGGACUGUUUAGCGGUGCACCAGCUGUUAUUACAUUUCGCAUUCCCACAAAGGCUGCUCUGCAGGAGGCAUAUUCAACCCCCAUACUGCCUUUAGAUGUUCUUGCUGACAGGCCUCCUGAGAAGAAAUUUGAGUGGGUUAAGAGGCUGCUGGCAAAGUAUGGGUCUCUGAUCUCUGUGUUAUCCAUUGUGGUUCUGUUCGUGUACCUGGUUGCCACUCCUGGUAAAUCUGGUGGUGCAAAAGGAAGCAAGAAGAAGCGUUAAGCAGUGGAGAUGCAACUUCAGUGAGAUAGCAUAUGAGCAAUUGGUUAUCAUUUGAUGCUAAUUCAUGUUCCUGUGUUGCUGAGUUGUUUUCCCUCUGGGUUAGUGGCACAUGUUUGUUGUCUGAAACUUCCAAACGAAUAGUUUAUUAACAAGUUAGUGUAAGAUGAACUAGCUGAGUCAUACAAUGGGCAUAAACCCGAAUCGGAUCUUUGCUAUGUUUCGUAAUCAGUCUCAUCAGUUUUGAAUUCAAGGUUAUAUUUGGUGCUUAAUCUUUGUUAAAAUUUACGAGAAGUAGAGCAUGGAUACAAUCCGAUUGAA